AUGAGCGGUCUUCCUAUACGUUUUCAAGAACAUUUCCAGCUAACAACAUUUGGUAUUCAAAAAUCGUCAAUUGGGUUUGCUACUUUAACAUUACAGAGUGAAAAAGGAAUAUGUGUUUGUGAAUCAGUGGAUGGACGACGGGAAGUUGUUAUUAUUGAUCUAGCAAAUCCAUCGGCACUAAUACGGCGACCGAUUAGUGCAGAAGCAGCUAUUCUUCAUCCAUCACAGCAUAUUAUUGCACUACGUUCAGAGAAGCAGUUGCAGGUUUUUCAUCUUGAGUUGAAAACAAAGUUAAAAGCACACAUUAUGGACGAAGAUGUGCAAUUUUGGCGAUGGAUUAAUGAUCAGGCGAUUGGGCUAGUAACGGAUACGGCUGUGUAUCACUGGCCAUUGCAGUCGGAGAUGCAGCCGGUAAAAGUGUUUGAACGACAUGCAUCAAUGGCAGAUACACAAAUUAUUAAUUAUCAUGUAAAUAAAGAGGAAAAGUGGUCAUUAUUGGUGGGAAUUGCAUCAAGAGAAGGACGUGUAGUAGGAAGCAUGCAAUUAUAUUCAAAGGAACGAAAUAUUAGUCAAUCUAUUGAAGGACAUGCAGCAGCGUUUGCUACUCUUAAAACAAACGAAGGGUCGUACGAAUAUAAGCUUUUUGUAUUUGCAGUGAGGACAGGGACAGCUGCAAAGCUUCAUAUUGUUGAGAUUGACCACCAAGCGGGCAAUCCAGCAUUUCCGAAAAAAAACGUUGAUAUUUUCUUCCCUCCAGAGGCAGUAAAUGAUUUCCCAGUAGCAAUACAGAUAUCGAAGAAGUAUUCUGUUAUUUAUCUUAUUACAAAGUAUGGGUUUAUUCAUAUAUAUGAUCUUGAGACUGGAGUAUGUAUUUUUAUGAAUAGGAUAUCGAGUGAUACAAUUUUUGUUACAACAGAAUAUGAGAAUGGUAAUAGUAUUUUAGGUGUUAAUCGUAAAGGACAGGUUUUGAGUGUUUCCAUUGAUGAAUCAAAUAUUAUUUUUUAUAUUUUAAAUAAUUUGAAUGAUAUAUCUUUAGCUAUUAAGAUUGCUAGCCGUGCUUCCUUACCAGGAGCCCAAGAUCUUUAUAAGCAACAGUUUGAUACCCUUUUUGCAAUGGGAAAUUAUCAAGAAGCCGCAAAAAUUGCUGCUAAUUCUCCAAUGGGAGUUUUACGAACACCUCAUACCAUUGAACAGUUUAAACAAGUUUCUGUAGAAUCAGGACAACUUCCACCAAUUUUGCAUUAUUUCGGAAUUCUUUUGGAUAAAGGAACACUUAAUACGUAUGAAACAUUAGAACUAGUUAAACCAGUUCUUGCACAGAACCGUGAAAAUUUACUCGAAAAAUGGAUUCAAGAGGAUAAAUUGGAAUAUUCCGAAGCAUUAGGAGAUAUCGUGCGGCCAUAUAACCCAAAAAUAGCUUUAAAUAUUUAUGUUAAAGGAAAUGUUCCCCAAAAAGUAGUUCAAUGUCUUAUAGAAACUGGGCAGUUUGAAAAAAUUAUUUCAUAUAUUAAUAAAGUUGGAUAUUGUCCUGACUAUGGGGAUUUAUUUCAACAAAUAAUUAGAAUAAAUGUUGAAAAAGGAGUAGAAUUUGCUACUCAAAUAGCAAAUUCUAAAAAUAUUACUCUAACUGAUAUUGAGAAAAUAACAGAUAUAUUUUUAUCUCGAAAUAUGAUCCAGCAAACUACAGCAUUUUUGUUAGAUGCUUUAAAAGACAAUAGACCUGAACAUGGACAUUUACAAACCCGCCUUUUGGAAACUAAUCUUUUAAACGCACCUCAAGUUGCAGAUGCUAUUCUUGGUAAUGAAAUGUUUUCAUACUAUGAUAAAUCAAUGAUUGCGUCUCUUUGUGAAAAAUCUGGACUUUAUCAACGGGCAUUAGAGCAUUAUAGUCAAAUAGAUGAUAUUAAAAGAGUGAUAGUACAUGUUCAAGCUAUGAACCCAGAAUGGUUUAUGAAUUAUUUUAAAAAUCUUGAUUCUGAAAUAUCCUUUGAAUGCUUUAAAGAAUUGUUUAAAGUUAAACAAAAUUUUCAAAUUGUUCUUCAGAUUGCCAUCAAAUAUUCAGAAAAGCUUGGAGAAUCUCGUAUAAUUGAUCUUUUUGAGCAGUUUAAUUUUGAAGAAGGGUUAUAUUAUUAUCUUGGAAGUAUAAUAAAUACGACUGAUUCUUCUGAUGCUGUUUUUAAAUAUAUACAAGCAGCGUGUCGUAUUGGUCAAUUGAAAGAAGUUGAGCGGAUUUGUCGUGAAAAUAAUUAUCUAAAUCCUGAAAAAGUAAAAAACUUUCUUAAAGAAGAAAAGCUUUCUGAUCAACUUCCUUUUAUUAUUAUUUGUGAUAGAUUUGAUUUCAUUUACGAUCUUGUUCUUUUUCUAUAUCAAAAUCAUCAUUUCAAAUCUAUUGAGACCUAUGUUCAAAAGGUAAAUCCGUCACGUACACCAGCUGUCAUCGGUGUAUUACUUGAUCUUGAUUGUGAGGAACAAUUUAUUAAAAGUCUUUUAUCUACUGUGUUAGAUCAAAUAUCUAUAGAUGAGCUUAUAGAAGAAGUAGAAAAACGAAAUAGGUUGAAAUUGCUACUUCCAUUUUUAGAAUCUAUUUUUGAGAAAGGUAAUCAAAAUCCGUCAAUAUUUAAUGUUCUUGCGAAAAUUUAUAUUGAUAAUAAUAAUGAUCCUAAUAAGUUUCUUCAAGAAAAUGAUUUUUAUGAUACUCUUGUUAUUGGGAAGUAUUGCGAAAAAAGAGAUCCAUAUUUAGCUUUUAUUGCUUAUCAAAAAGGUCAAAACGAUUAUGAAUUAAUUCAUAUAACGUCUGAAAAUUCUAUGUUUAAAGAACAAGCAAGAUAUUUACUUCGAAGAAAAAAUGAAACAUUAUGGAAUUAUGUUUUAAGAAAAGAUAAUAUUUAUAGGCGGUUUCUUGUAGAUCAAGUUAUUUCUAUCGCUGUACCUGAGUCAAACAGUCCUGAAGAAGUUUCUGUUGUUGUUAAAUCAUUCAUGAAUGCUGAAUUAUCUUCAGAAUUAAUUGAGCUCCUUGAAAAGAUAGUUUUGGAGCCUACAGUAUUUAGUGAUAAUCAAAAUCUUCAAAAUUUACUUAUCCUUACAGCUAUUAAAGUAGAUAAAACUCGUGUUAUGGAUUAUAUAAAUAAGCUUAAAAAUUACGAUGUUAAAGAUAUUGCAGCAAUUGUAUUAGAAAAUUGUUUAUAUGAAGAAGGUUUUGAGAUUUAUAAAAGACAUAAUAAGCACAUUGAAGCAUUAAAUGUUCUUAUUGAACAUAUUGUCAGUAUUGACAGGGCAGCUGAAUAUGUAGAAAGCGUAGAUACACCAGAAUUAUGGAGUAGGCUUGCAAAAGGCCAAUUAGAUGGAUGUCGUAUCAGGGAUUCUAUUAAUUCAUAUAUUAGAAUAUCUGAUCCUAAUAACUAUCGUGAGGUUAUAGAAGUUUCUUCAAAAGCGAAUAAAUAUUCCGAUUUAAUUCGAUACUUAGAAAUGGCUCGUCAAACUAUUAGAGAAACAACUAUUGACAGCGAGUUACUUUUUGCUUAUGCUUAUACAAAUCGUAUUCAUGCAGUAGAAUCUAUGUUACAAGGACCUAAUAUUGCUGAUGUUUUAAGUGUUGGAAAUCGAUGCUAUGAGCAGAAAUAUUAUCAAGCUGCAAAGCUUAUGUUUACUAGCAUUUCAAAUUGGGCAAAAUUAGCUUCAACAUUAGUAUAUUUAAAUGAGUAUCAAAGUGCUAUAGAUUGUGCUAGAAAAGCCAAUAGUAUAAAAGUAUGGAAGCAAGUUAACGAUGCAUGUAUUGAACAAAAAGAAUUUAGACUUGCACAAAUAUGUGGUUUGAAUUUGAUUGUUCAUACUGAUGAAAUACAUGAUGUUAUUGCUAAAUAUGAAUGCAAUGGAUAUUUUGAUGAACUUAUUUCACUUUUGGAAGUUGGAUUGAGUUUAGAAAGAGCUACAAGAAGCUUAUUUACUGAGUUGGCAAUUCUUUAUGUAAAAUAUCGUCCAGAUUCUGUUAUGGAGCACUUAAAGUUAUUUUGGAGUCGCCUUCAUAUUCCGAAAGUUGUAAAGGUCUGUGAAGAAGCUCACCUUUGGUCUGAGACUGCAUUCCUUUUUAUACAUUAUGAUGAAUAUGAUAAUGCUGCUCUUAUUAUGAUAGAGUAUUCACAAGCAUGGGAUCACAAUUCAUUUAAAGAUGUUUUGAUAAAAGUCUCUAAUACUGAAAUAAUUUAUAAAGCUUUGGACUUUUAUUACCAACAACAACCAUUACUUCUUACAGAUUUGCUUUCAAUAGUUAUUUCACGUGUUGAUCAUUCUAGAGUUGUUAAAAUGUUUGAAAAAUUGGAUUCUAUCCCAUUAAUAAUGAAUUAUCUUAAAGCCGUACAGCCUAAAAAUAUUGAGGCGGUAAAUGUUGCGAUUAAUAAUGUGUUUAUUGAAGAAGAAGAUUAUAAAUUAUUAAAGAAUUCUAUAGACAAUUAUGACAACUUUAAUCCUAUAAAGUUAGCAAAGCAUUUAGAAAAACAUGAUCUUAUGGAGUUUAGAAGAAUUGCAGCUUACUUGUACAGGAAAAACAAAAAAUGGAAACAUUCUAUAGAUUUGUCAAUUGUUGAUAAAUUUUAUUCUGAUGCAAUUGAAACAGCAAGUCAUAGUAGAGAAAUUGAUGUUGUAAAGGAUUUAUUAAAAUACUUUCAAGAUAUUGGUGCAAAUGAUUGUUUUGUUGCUAUGCUUUAUGCCGGCUACGAUCUUCUGCCUGUUGAUUAUGUAAUGGAUCUUACAUGGAGAGGUGGUUUUAUGGAUGUUACAAUGCCUUUUUUUAUCAAUUUUAUAUAUCAGCAAGAUCAAAAGAUUAAACGGCUAGAAAAAAUUAUCGAGAAGUAUGAGCUCAGCAAUUCUACCAAUGAUAAACCAGAGCUAUCAAAUCUCACUGCAGGGCUUUCCAAUCGUCUUAUUCUUGAUGCUUCUGCUUCUGAAUAUCAUAAUCGCACCUUGUCCCAAUCUCCUGAUUUCGGGGGAUUUCAGAUGAACAGUUUUAUACAUUAG